UCCUCCUCCUCCUCUCUCCUCCUCCCUCCCUCUUCCUCCCUCUCAUCGCCCUCAAAAACAAUGUCUGCGCCUCCCCACCCCAUCUCGCCCCCUCCCCCCGCCGCCGCUGCACCCGCAUCCACAGGCGUCCGCCGCCAUCACACCAUCACCGCGACAUCGCGCUCUGCCCGCGCUGGCAGUCGCCCUCCCAUAUCCGAGGAAUCCCACGAGCAGCAGACCUGGAACGAUGACGAGGUCGUCGACCAGGACUGGGUCGGCGCCGUGGGUGCCGUCGGCGAAAAGGGAUCGCUCCAUCGCCAGGCUUCCCUCCCAACCCGCUACAACAGAGCAUACGGGCAAGGAUCCCGACAAAGUGGAACCAUAACCCCUCGGACCUUGAACAGUCUCACAGCCAUCGCAGGCCAGGAAGGCGACGAGGAAGACUGGGAGAGAGAAAUGGCCCGCAUGAGAAGCGAAGAAGAGGCGGCGUACUCGAACACCGACCAUCCUCAACAUCAGCAGAUGAUCGACUCCCAGUCCGGCGUCUCCCCGCUGUCCCCCCACUUUCAUGCCAUCCCCUCGCCCCCUCCGGCUGGUUCGGGAGUGCGCAGGCAUCAGAGUCUCACCUACGGCGCAGCGACGGGCGGCGUCCGGCGGAUGGCUUCUUCUGGCCUCAAGCGUGCUGGCACUCUUCAGGCGCAGAUCAGAGCCCCCGGCCAGCCCCCGCAGAGCCCCAGCCCGACCAACGCCGAGGAGGAAUACGAAUACGACGAGAGCUCCAACGGCCACGAAGACGAGGCGUACUUUAGCCGCCAGCCUUCCGCCCAGGCGCAGCAGGCGCAGAGCCAGUAUCCCACGAGCCCGAUCGGCCGCUCCCCGUGGAGCACGCCGAGCAACGAAUGGCGCACGCCCGCGGGCUCGUCGAACCUCGUCGGGAACAACAGCAGCAGCAACGUCGCCAUCGACGACGUCCAGCGCGCGCUCUCCUCGCUCGACAUCAAUCACCAGCAGCAACAGCAACAACAUCAAAACCAAGGCUACCCGCAGCCCGGCUACCCCGGGGGACAGUCCGCCCACCCGCCGCGAUUCAACCCGCCGCACCCGCCGCCGCAGCAGAUGCCGGGCAUGCGGCCGGGUGCGAACGGCGGGGGCGGGGGGCGGAAGCUCCAGCUCGUGACUGACCUGGACGGGCGCAACGCGCCACUGACAGGCCCGAAUGCAGGCCCGGUCAGUGCCUCGGCGUAUGUGCCGCCGAUCGGGCAACAGCCCCUGCAGCAGCAACAGACGCAACAGCAGCAACAGCGCGGGGGGGCCGAGCGGGACGAGCGGGCGUACACGGCGUCGGGGGCGUGGGACCAGAAGGAGCGGGUCCUGCAGGGCCGCACGUCGAACCCGAACCUGAACUACAUGUACGCUCAGCAGCAGCAGCAGCAGCAGCAGCAGGGGAAGCCUGGCGCGCCGGGUGUGCCGAACGUCCCUACGAUUCCUGCGCAGUAUCUGCAGCAGGGCAUGGGGGGGAGCUCGAGGAUGGGCGUUGCGGGCCCCGGGCAAGGGCAGGCGGGGCUCGCUGGACAGCAGGCGUUCCUGACGUCUCCCGUGGAUGUUCCGACGCUGAUCGCGACCAAGGGGUACAACCCCGCGAACUUCGACGUGCGACCUACGUUUGCGCGAUACUUCGUGAUCAAGUCGUACAUGGAGGACGACGUGCACAAGUCGCUGAAGUACGAGAUCUGGAGCUCGACGGACCCCGGGAACAAGCGGCUGGACAAGGCGUUCAAGGAGACGGCCGGGAGAGGCCCGAUCUACCUGUUCUUCAGCGUGAACGCCAGCGGCCAUUUCUGCGGCAUGGCCGAGAUGUUGACACCGGUCGAUUACACACGCAGCAGCACCGUUUGGGCUUCCGACAAGUGGAAGGGCGUUUUCAAGGUCCGAUGGAUCUUCGUCCGCGACAUCCCCAACGCCAACCUCCGCCACAUCCGUCUCAACAACACACAGGAGAGGAAGCCCGUCACAAACUCCCGCGACACCCAGGAGCUGCUCCCCGAUGCCGGCCAGGAGAUGCUCCGCAUCUUCCACACCCACCCCGCGCGCACCUCGCUCCUCCAGGACUUUGCCUUCUACGAGCUGCAGUCCAUGCAAAAGAUGCAGACGGGCCCCGUGCCGCCCCAGGCCGCGGCCUCGCCCCAGGGCUCCUCGCCCUCCCCGCCGCAGCAGCACGCCUUUGCCGCGAUCAACCAGGCCAACACGCUCGCCUACGCGUCGCACCAGCUGCAGAUGCCGCACAUAACGCCGAUGAUGCAGAUGCAGAUGGCGUCGCCGUUCGUCAGCCCGCACGCCAUGCACAGCGUCAUGCGCAACCCGAGCCCCGUUCCCGUCGUCCACGGCCAGGGAUACAUGGGCAUGAGCGGCGUGCCCGGCUUCUCGUCGUGAGCGCGUGCUUGAACGUGAACGCGAGCGCGAGCGCGAACGUGGACGUGAACGUGAACGUGAGUCUCUGUGCGUGCGCCCGUGCGCGAAACGGGCGCGCGCGCCGUGGACGGUUGGAUCAGAACAAUCGCUUUCGCCAUUGGAUAUAGAUAUUUUGCUGUCAUAUAUGUUCUCGCCUCGGUCGACCCGCCUCCGCGCCUCCUCGCUUUUGUCUUGUUUUUUUUUUUCUCUCUUUCCUUCGAAUCUUUUUUCUUUUCUUUUCUUGUCUAAUUCCGUGUACGAUAAUCUCACGACGACGCCUUCGUCAGACCCGUCCAUGCAAACUUCUUUUCUCCGCUACUAACUACCUGGUUGCGCUCCUUGCUUGCUUCCGUUUAUCUCUUCCUCUUCGCCGUUUCUCGCGGGCCCUUGCGUGCUCGCGGGAACGUCCCCGGUCGCGCUUUUCUUACACCGUUUCCGUCUGUAUGUCGUCCGCUGCUGCUGUUGCUGCCGUGUCCAGUAUCCCAAGCCCAAGCUAUGUUUCUACACGGUGCUCCUGUCCCUCCUUCCUCCUCUCCUCCGUCUCCGUCUCCGUCUCCCCGCAUGCAUCUCGGACAAGGAACGUCACAGUGAACGGACGUGGACCAUCGCUUGUUCGCUAGCUAGCCUGUACUUGUUUUCCGUGCGCACGCACAACUUACACACGCCCUCGGUCCUUCACACGCACCGCAUCGAAGUACUCUAGUAACUACUACGGCUUUCGUCUCGUC